AUGACCGGCGCCGGCGGGACCUUCGGCGCGGCCUUCAACCAGCUGCUCUUCUUCACUUCGUCCAACUACGGCACCGGGCAGGGGCUCCAGUACAUGGGCAUAGUGACAAUGGCAUGCACGCUGCCGGUCAUGCUUGUGCACUUCCCGCAGUGGGGCUCCAUGUUGUUCCCAGCCAACGUCGGCGCUGACGAGGAGAAGUACUACGGCGCGGAGUGGUCGGAGGAGGAGAAGAGCAAGGGACUCAACGCCCGCACCGUCAAGUUCGCCCAGAACUGCCGAUCAGAACGCGGCAGGCACCGCAACGUCAUCCUCGCCAACGACACCGACCAGCAUGCAUGA